UGCGUAAACUUCUCAUGCUCUCUUGAUGCCUAUACCACCAUCACUCCGUACGCUCUUAAGAACAAUUCCGACACUAGCGCCUGUAUCUAAUCGCGCAGUCCUCUCUGUUUCCGGUUCACAAGCAUCUGAGUUCCUUAAUGGGCUACUAGCGUGUAGUGUGCAGGGUAAGCAGACAUAUGGGGCAUUCUUACACGCUCAGGGACGCGUCUUGUAUGACACCUUCCUGUAUAACUCCCCGACGCCAUCACUUUCAUCUACUGGGCCGACAUAUCUCAUAGAAUAUGACCCUACUCCAUCCGAGGCACCUACCCUCAUGAGCCUUCUCAAGCGUUACGUCCUUCGCUCAAAGGUGCGCAUACGGGAUGUGUCGGAGGAGUGGGAUGUUUGGGCCGCAUGGGGGUCAGAAGGGGCAAAAGAAACCAGGGAGUGGAAUUGGGCACGGAGCGGCGCUGUCGAACCAGUUUGGCGGACUAGCGAAUGGCCAUGGGGAACUGAGAAUGGUACCAUACUUGACCGACGUGCUCCGGGGAUGGGGAAGCGGAUGCUCGUUCGCAAAGGCGAAACGCCUGCCGGCGCGUCUACACACGAACUGGCUGGUAAGGAUGCGUAUUUGCUCCAUCGGAUCAUGCACGGUGUUCCCGAGGGUAGCGUGGAUAUUCAACCCAUGCAUGCAUUUCCCAUUGAAUCAAACUUAGACGCGAUGGGUGGACUGGAUUUCCGGAAGGGAUGCUACGUCGGUCAAGAGUUGACAGUGCGUACAUAUCACACGGGCGCAGUUCGGAAACGUAUACUUCCUGUUCACAUUUCCUCUCCGGCGUCAUUAUCACCAUACACGUCGAUUAAACCAUCCCUUCCAUCGACUACAAACAGCGCCGCGAUAAAAACACCUCGUCUGCGCGGGUCAUCCACGCUCCUUUCCACGAUAGCUGCUCCAGGUAUAGGGUCCAGCGUCGGUUUGGCGUUGGUGCGACUAGAGCACUUGCGUCCUGAUAUAGCAUUGGUUGCUGAGGAAAAGGAAGAACAGUUAUGGAAGGUGGAGCCUUGGUGGGCAGAUUGGUGGCCCGAGCAGCCUCCUGAUGAGGUACAUGAUCUAAACAGCCUAGCAUAAUUUAGGAUCAUGGAUUGAAUUCUUUGUAUCAUCUCAAACUAGACGCACCACUCUUGAAAGAUAAUAAAAGUCAAAUUACGUCGACUCCAUGAUAACCUGUGCGUAGACAUAAUCUCCGUCGUGGC